AUGGCGGAGUCGGAGCAGGAGGACUUCGGCAAGAACCACAUGGCCAUAGUGCUGGGCAUCGGGCUUGGUGUGGUACUGCUGAUUAUAAUCUGUCUAGUGUGGGUGUUCACGCUCGUCCUGACUAUAUCUUACUCCCACCACUCACGCACCAUCAAUAGAUUAACCAUCUUCGUCAACCGCCGCGACCGACAGGCCUUCCUGCGUCAUCGCAAAGACCCCAGUGCGCGAUUGCGCAGUCUGGAUGCUGUGUCCCCAACUAGCACACUUGAGCAGUGGUGGUCUGCCACAAAAGGAAAGCUCGGUCUGUCUGAAGCGGUGGACGGGCAGUUUGUCUGUGCGGUAUGUCUCGAGCAGGUGAACCGCUCGCAGGAGAUCCGGGAGUUGCAAUGUAUGCAUGUGUUCCAUCGCGAGUGUCUGGAGAAAUGGUUUCUAGGCGACCACUUCAAUUGCCCGUUGUGUCAUCGAGUGUACUUCGUGUCGGAUGCACCGCCGCGUAACGACUUUGUAUGGAUGGUAUGA